AUGCAAACAUUGCAAGAAAUUCCCAAACUCUCUCAAAUCCUCUCUGAAUGUAACGAAAUAAAGGAACGCGGAAAUGCUCAUUUCAAAUCUCGGAAUUUGGAGUUGGCUGAAAAGGAAUAUCAACAAGCGUUAAGUCGUUUAACUGUGUUUAUACGAGAAUAUUACAAGUCUAUCGGGAGUACAAGUAGUCAGACUACAGAUCAAGCAGAACCAAAAAACGAACAACAAGAAAAUAAUAGUGCCGAUAAAACACAGAAUGAGGAGCAAUCAUUGAAUAAUAACCCUACAAUUGAACAAACACUCGAUAUGGAUCGCAACAAUAUUUCUAAAGAAGAUGAUGUGUUACUUACUGAGAAGGAAAGUAUUGAAUUGUUAGCAAAAAAUUUAAAUGUAUUCGAGGAUGUCAGCAACAAAAGCAAUGAAGUGAAAGCUCUACUUGUUGUACUUUAUUCAAAUUUAGCCUUGACGUACUAUCAAUUAAGCCUGUACUCUCGAAGUUUGGAAUAUUGCACCAUUAUUUUGGAUUACCUCGAUCAAAAUCAUUACAAAUCACUGUAUAAGAGAUCACAAUGUUUUGAACAAGUCAACAAUUUUCAGUCGAGUUAUCAAGACAUGAAAAAGCUCAAUGAAAUGGUCAUGGAGCGAAAAAACAAAUCAUCGGCUUGUACUUCAGAAAAUAUAAUUCCUGAGGCAAUGGCCAAGAAAAUACUCGAAGAGACCGAGAGAUUAAGAAAAAAAGCAGAAGAGGAGCAGAAAAAACAACUCGAUGACAUGUUAGGUCAACUGAAAGAUGUUGGUAAUCAAUUACUUGGAGCUUUUGGACUUAGUUUGGACAAUUUUUCACUUAACAAAGAUCCCAACUCGGGUGGAUAUUCCAUCUCCAUGAAAAAGUGA